UUCGAAGAUAUGCAAAAAAUGCAUACGUAAAGGUCAUUCAAGUGUGUAGGCGAGCUCUCUUCCUCGAAAUUAUUUCAUGUUUUUGUGUGUGUAUGUGUGUGUGUGAAGAACCUCAAUCCGUGUGCACUCAUGGUGCCAAUGCUGCCCAGUUCGAUGUUCAGAACCAGAUGGGUGCUUUUCGUAACGUCUCGAUCUGAGACGAGACGAGCACAAUGUUACUCCGAGCAUGUCAGAGAAUGAUUCCCCAGUCUGUGCUUUGACGGUUUAUCCGUUUAGGAUUCUGCGAAUGCUCGUGCCAUGCCCCUCAGAUAGAUGCUUCGUUGUUUAACUGUGUAGCAGCAUUCUUUGUGCCAUCGCUUAAUAGACUUGGGUGCAAUCGAUUUUGGGUGGUAGGAAAAGUGUGUCGAUGGUUGUCCUUAGCGCCGCCCGAAGGUCGAGAGUUGGGUAAAGAAGGAGAGGAAGACAAGGGGAUUCGGUGAUUGUCGUGGCAUUCAUGGCAGUCUUUGCGCCAGUGGUCGCCUUUUCUCAAGCGCCAGCUCUAGCUCCUUGCGCUGUGGAAUGUUGUACUUCUCCGUCAGCUGCAUGGUUCGUCAAGCGGACAGAUCGUAUGCGAGUGUUACGAAUUCGCAGGGUGGAGCGAGUAGGUGCGCUGCGAUGCGUGUGCCGGGGUGGUGGAGUGAAGCCGGAGACCACGGACGGGGGACAGAAGCAUGGAAAUAGGGUUUUCAUAUUUGGGAUGGGGUACACAUCUCUAGCGCUAGCGAAUAGUCUGAAGAAACAGGGGUGGGAUGUGGUUGGGACGUGUAGAAGCGAGGAAAAACGGGAGGCGUUGGAAUUGCGGGGAUUUCAAACCCACCGUUUCAAUCCGGACAACGAUGGGGAGUGGUUGCAGGGAGAGGCAAUCCGGGAUCUCCAUGCGUCCACUCACAUUGUGAACUCUAUCCCUCCUGUGGGCGACUUCGAUUGCGACCCGGUACUGGCCAGUGUCAAAGUGGAAUUGCAGCAAGCAGCGAGGGAGCGGUUGCAGUGGAUAGGGUACUUGUCCUCCACUAGCGUCUAUGGUGACUGGCAGGGAAAUUGGGUGGGAGAGGAAACCGACCCGCGGCCGGUUGAGAGGAAAGCCGUUGCGAGGUGGGAGGCUGAGAAGAGUUGGAUGCAAUUUGGUGAAGAAACUGGAGUAUGCGUGCACGUGUUCCGCCUCGGGGGGAUUUAUGGGCCAGGUCGCAGCGCUCUCGAUACAAUUCGGCAGAGUGAACAGAACAAAAAGCUCUCGACAAGACAGCAGCUGCGAGGGCACAAACGAUUCACUUCGAGAGUUCACGUUGCAGAUAUUUGUCAAGUGAUCGUUAAAACUAUGGCGUCCAGGGAUCGCGCAAGAAAAAUUUACAAUGUCGUGGAUGACGACCCUAGUCCUCGUGCUAAGGUUAUGGCGUACGCUCGAGGACUUCUUCUGGGUACUAGUGUGGAGCAUGAUAUGGAGUUCCCAGAAGAGUCUGCCGGCUUCGUUUCAAGUGGUCAUGUCUCCGAAAAGCGAGUGUCCAAUCAACGUGUGAAGGACGAGCUCCAAGUUAAGUUGUUGUAUCCUUCCUUCAGAUCGGGAUUAGAAGCAAUAGCAAAUGGGUUAAAUAAUCCGUUCGAUCAAGAAAUCAGAUAAUCUCUUUAACCUUGUUUUGUAGUUCAUAGGAUCAUAGCAAUACUUCUGCCCAGCCCGGGAUUGAGAACUUGAACCAUUUUUUCAGUCAUGAUCUCGGUGAGGAGUAGCAUUCUUCAGCUUGAAUGUUCACAUCGCCUUCUGAGAUCGACAUAUCUAAGGCGCACGUUGCAAAGACGACGAUCCGACUUCGUUUUAGAAGAUGCAGUUUUCUGAAUUCCACACGUUUUCUCUAGCACCUCUGGGUCAAGCUUGGUUGCAUAACAUGAACCCAUUUUGUGUUCCAAUGGCUUCCAAAUCAUGUAACGUUACAAAAACACGAUACACUGCACCCAAUGCAAUUCAGGUAGUCGGAUGCCUUCUAUAGCCAUUUGAUGUUUCAAGCAGUGAAAAGAGUUGGAGCAUGGUUGCCAGACACAUCACAAGUGAUAUUGUAAAGGGAAAGUUACUUACUCAAAAGUGACCCUGUUCCAAACCACGGAAUGGAUUGAGUGAUACUUCACAUUAUCCCAGUGUUGAAACCUGAACAAAGGCUGGUUCCUUUGACUUGGAACAUUAGCUGGCCAUGUUCAAAUAGGAGAUGGUGGUGUCUGAAGGUUGCUAACUCCUUCAAGAGAUACAGGAGGCCCAGUUUUAUCUUUAGAAGCCAAAGGGUGAUGAGAUUUGCAUAAGGAAAGGUAGCUGAAGUGAAGCCCAAGCAAUAGAGUAGUAAAAAUCUUAAACCAGCGUUACAAUAUGUCAUAGAGGUGCAAUCAAUAGAGGAAGCUCACGAAAGUCUGUUUCUGCCCAAAAUAAAAUAAAAUAAAAUAAAAAACAAUCAAACAAA